GCUCAAACAGAUCGACGAGCUGACCACAAAGUCUUGCACUCCGAGGAGAGAACAGCCCAUGCACGCCAGUAGGACAAAACAACACGGGUGAUUGUAACUUGCAGGCUUCAUCUCGGGAUUCCAACAUCAAGGAAGCCAUUAUUUUUUCUAGAAUAUUGAUUUGGAUCGGAACAAGUCCCUCUUUCCCACUGACUGACUGCCCGCUCGCUGGUCACUGCUGAAGGAGUCGUCCAAGUAUGGUGAACUUUGUCCUUAGCACUUACCAACUUUUAUCUCAGGGUAUGUGGAGUAGUUUGCUAUCCAGUCUUCGCUUUCACAUAAGAAGACUAUUUAUUUAAAAUAUGACAAGAGUAAAUGAGUUGCUAACGUGUUAUAAAUUAGCUUUUGUCGCGUUUUUGCUAGAGGCGACUUGUCAGGUGCACCAAUGCUUCGUGCAAGUAACCGAACAACGACUUUGAGGUUCAUUUGAAAAGUAGUGCACUUUUCGAAGCAUUUUUAACAUUAAUUGCUCAUUGUGACUUUUCUUUUUGUGGUAGAAGAAUAUUUGUUUGAUUUUUUUCUUGGGUGUCUUUGUGAGCACUUCGAGUCACCAAUGUUAACGGAAAGCCCAAAAGCUUCUCUAUGACAAAUCUGGACUCGCGCCUAAUUUCAACAUGGAAGCUUACCUCUGAAGACUCAAUUUCGACAGGGAAACUUUAUUUUAGUCUUUCAACGGCAGCUUUUUGUAAAGAAGGCAGCAUAACCAGGAGUUAAACGGGCUCAGAAGUAGACGACAGCGGUCGUAGUGAAGUGACUGAAGCACGACCGGGGAAGCGCCUCUGCCAUGGCCCUCUGCUCACGAGACAGCUGCCUCUGGUUGCUCUGGAGACGGAGCCUCCUCGUGCUCUGGCUGUGCGCGGCUGUGGGAGCGCGCGGGACGGAGGAUGACAGCACGUUCAACGCGGAAGCAUGGCUGAGGAUGUAUGGUUACCUGCCCCAGGCCAGCAGGCAGAUGUCCACCAUGCGGUCAGCUCAAAUCCUCUCCAGUGCUGUCAGUGACAUGCAGAGAUUCUAUGGCCUGGAGGUGACUGGCCAAAUGGAUGCCCAAACAAUAGAGGCAAUGAGAAGACCUCGAUGUGGUGUGCCUGACAAAUUUGGAGGCCAGAUAAAAACCAAUGUGCGGAGGAAACGCUAUGCCCUCACUGGACAUAAAUGGAACAAAAGUCACCUCACAUACAGUAUCCAGAACUAUACUCCGAAAAUUGGAGAAUACAACUCAUUUGAGGCCAUCCGGCGAGCUUUUAAGGUCUGGGAGAAGGUCACGCCACUAACCUUUGACGAAAUCCCCUACCAGGAGAUCAAAUAUGGCCGUCGCAAGGAGCCUGACAUCAUGAUCUUCUUUGCUUCGGGUUUCCACGGUGACAGCUCUCCUUUUGAUGGAGAGGGAGGUUUCCUGGCACAUGCUUAUUUCCCUGGUCCUGGAAUGGGGGGAGAUACUCACUUUGAUUCAGAUGAACCCUGGACAAUAGGAAAUCAAAAUUUACAAGGUAAUGACCUCUUCCUUGUAGCAGUCCAUGAAUUGGGUCAUGCUUUGGGUUUGGAACACUCCAACAACCCCCUGGCCAUCAUGGCUCCUUUCUACCAGUGGAUGGAGACUGAAAACUUCCAGCUCCCUGAAGACGACCGACGGGGCAUCCAACAAAUAUAUGGUCAACCUGACAGCAGCCCCACACAAGCACUGCCCACUGUCACACCUCGCCGUCCGGACCCCAGACCCCCUCAGAACCCCCCACAGAACCCUCCUCGCAACCCAGAGCGGCCCAGGACCACAGAACGACCGGACCACUAUGGACCAAACAUCUGCGAAGGAAACUUUGAUACUGUCGCUAUGCUCCGAGGAGAAAUGUUUGUUUUCAAGGGCCGGUGGUUCUGGCGGGUCCGCAGAAACAGGGUGCUAGAUAACUACCCCAUGCCCAUCGGUCACUUCUGGAGGGGUUUGCCCGGAGAUAUAGAUGCUGCUUAUGAGAGACACGACGGAAAGUUUGUCUUCUUCAAAGGGAAUAGAUACUGGGUUUUCAGGGAGGCCAAUCUAGAGCCGGGCUAUCCACAAGAACUGGUCCACUAUGGCUCUGACAUUCCAUAUGACAGAAUAGAUGCAGCUAUCUGGUGGGAGCCAUCGGGCUACACCUAUUUCUUCCAAGGAGACAGGUACUGGCGUUUCAACGAGCAGAGCCGAUCAGCUGACAGCGGCUACCCGAAACCCAUCAGCGUGUGGGGCUCAUCGGUGCCCCAGUCUCCCAAGGGUGCCUUCCUCAGCGAUGAUGGAGCCUACACCUACUUUUACAAGGGCUCGAAGUACUGGAAGUUUGACAACCACCGGAUGAAGAGCGAACCUGGCUUUCCCAAGUCCAUCCUGCGGGACUUCAUGGGCUGCAGCGUGGACCUGGAUCCGGACAGAAACACCGACACCGACACGGAGCGCAAAUACCCCGAUGUAAACAGGCCACCCUUUAACCCCGACGCGGGACGAGACGGAGACAAGGGCAAGGACCGUGACCGAACAGACAAAGAGAAGGAUACAGGUAGAGGGAAGGAUAAGGACAGAGAAGAGGAGGAGAGGGAGGGAAGAGAAGAGGAGACCAACGAAGUCGACGUGGUUUUGAAGGUGGACGACAGUGAACAGCGGACCAUGAAUAUCCUAAUGGUGACUAUACCCCUGGUGCUGGUGUUGUGUAUCUUAGGACUCAUCUAUGCGAUCAUCAACACACUACAGAGCAAAGGAGCGCCCCGCCUGCUGGUUCACUGCAAGCGCUCGCUACAGGAUUGGGUCUGACCUCUGGACCCUGUGGGCGGUGGACUAAGAAAUAGUGAAGUUUUUUGCAUAUGUGGUUUUAUAAGCUACGUUAAAUUAGCUUUAGCAUCUUGAUACAUAAACCGCCAGACCGUACAACAUACGCAAUAGAAAGAUCAAUUAAUGUUUGUUCAAAGACCCAAAUUUGCCAAAUAUUUUACCAACACCCAUUCAAUUUUAUGAUGAUAAGACUCAAAUAUUACAAUAAAAUCAUCACAUAAAAAAUCUGUCUAACUGUAUGCUUAACUGAGCUGUAAUGGGUCUUAAGACUUCUUCUGAAAUAAAAAAAAAACAUUUUUGAAAAAAAAUAUUAAAUUUCGCCCAGAAAUAUUGUAGCAUUUUUUUUCCAAGCAGGUUAUAUUAAUGAUUCUCUGGAAGUAGCUGAAAUACAACCACAUAUCCAAAACUUCCUUCAAAUGAAUACAGAUGCCCACCCUGUACGCUUGUCUAAUCAAACUUCCUCCCAGUGGUCCACACCAAUUUCUGUUCAGUGGCUCAACAUUUCAUAAACGUGGUAGCUGAUCCAUGCAAAUACCAUUUUCAAAAACACACACCCUCUCGUUUUUCAUGGUGCUACAACACGGACACUGUAGUAUAUUUAUGAGAGAAGUUUGCACAUGUUCUUUUUUAUUCUUUUGUUUUGUGUGAUCUUUGUUAUUUUAUUUUAUUUUAUUUUAUUUUUUUUAAAUCAUUUUCUCACAAAGAGAAAGACUGUAACUCAUCCUCCGUCUCUACACCACAUGCAUUCUCCAAUCUCAACAGAGGCUUAUAACAUUACCCUUGCAGAAAAUGAGGAAAUUCGAGGAGCUGGGCGAUGAUCACACCUCUUAUCAUAUUGUAAACCACAUUCCUAUUUUCUCUUUCCUAUCUCUACAAAUUGGAUACAUGUUUGGUCCCCUGGGGUGCUUAAGAAAUGUUGCAUUUUCUUGCAAUUUCUACCAAAGAUUACUUCAAUUUUUAUGGUAAUAUUCCCAGUAAAUUCAGCUAAGAAAAAUAGUCAAAAAAAACAUAUGGGUAAUGUAAUGUGCAGAAUCCGUGGUGAGUCUUGAAAAAGCAUAGAUAUUAGUGAUUCAUUCAAUAAUUUUUACAUACAGUAAUUAGUCCCAUAGCCUCUCUAAUGUAGGUUUUCCUGGCCAAGCUAAUUGCUAUUACAAAAGUCCCAGUUCGUAGACUUGUUUAAAAAGGUACUUGUAAAUUCUAUUUAAGUUCAUGCAUGUAGUUACUUCCCAUUACUAGUUGUAAAACUGUCAACAGCAAGUUGCCUUUCCUUCCCUUAAUAGGCAACCCAUUCUAAAGCUCUUUCAGGGCUAAAGUAAACCAAUAUUACAAGGACUUGUCCCAUUAACCGGCUAAUUCUUAGCAUACUUCCUUCAUGUCAACAUUUGACAUCCUUUGCAGAGCUUAGACGAAUUGUUAAUUUAGGAAGCUAGCUCACUGUGAAAUUCCAUUCAUCUACCACUAGUAAAGCCAGGUUCAGGAGAGGAGACUAUCACACAUGCACGUAGAGGCUAAUGUAGCGUGUAGUUAGUAAUGGAUUUUUUACUGCUCAUGUUUUUAAAAGGGCAUUUUCAGUGACCUCAUCUGUGACCUGUGGCUGCCUGAUGUCCUAGUGGGGCUAAACUAGUGUGGGCUGAAGCUAAUCCGCUUCAUUAAAAAACAGCAGGUGUGCGCCAAUGCUGUUAACCCCCACGACCCCCAAAAGCAAACCUUGAACUCAGAGGAACUAAAAACUCCCUGUUUCUUUUUAUCUCACUGGCCGGAGGAAAGGAUGAAAGGGAGUGUGCUAUGUCUCUAUUAGCCUGGUAGGAGAUUAGCAACUGUUUGUAGGAAUCACAGGUCUGUCCAGUUUCAUUAAAGAAGUCACACAAGUCAAGACUUGGGUUUUGAAAAAAAA